AUGGUGCCUGCUUCCCCGGCCCUGCCUCUUCGGUCACAUCAUCCUAGGCCCUGCGUCGAGGACCACCGGGGAGACAGCGAGGAUGACGUCAAGAUCGUGGUGGCGCGUGCUUGUGGGCGGUUGUCCAUCCCCGGAGCAAUUCAUCUCGCCCACGGCUACUCCUCGUCCGCCGUCGCCGAUGUCACCAACUCGGAGCCCUGCCCCGACACCGUUUCCUACCUCAUCUCGUGCGGCCUCUCCCCCACCGCCGCCGCCGCGGCCACCACCGGUCAACGCCUCCGCAUAUGUUCCACUGAAAAGGCCGACGCCGUGUGUGCCCUCCUCAGAGACUACGGCUUCGCCAACGCGGACAUCGUCCGGACGUUGCGCAGCGCCACGUCGAUCCUCACCGUCGAUCCCGAACGGAUCCUCCGCCCCAAGCUCGACUUCUUGGCCUCCCUCGGCUUCGAGCCCCGCAAGAUCGCCAGCGAGCCUUUCCUCCUCGCGCGCAGCCUCGACAAGCACCUCGUUCCGUCCAUGCAGUUCCUCCGCGGCAUCAUCGGCAGCGACGACGACCUCCGCCUCGGCUUCUCCCGCGUCCCUCGGGCCCUCAUGGCCGACGUGGACAAGAACAUGCGCCCCGCCGUGGAAGCUCUCCGCCGAUGCGGCUUGACCGAGGCGGCCAUUUCGAAACUCGUCGUCAUCAACAUGGGCAUGCUCAUGGCGUCGCCGGAUCGCAUCAGGGAAGUCUUCGAGGAACUGAAGGCGAUCGGAAUGCGCAUCCCGGACUCGCGCUUCGUGUACUGCUUCAGUGCGAUGUGCGGCGUUAAGAGGGGCACGUGGCGCCGGAAGCUGGAACUGUUCCAGAGCUUCGGUGUGUCGGAGGGUGAGGUGCUCGAGGCCUUCAAGACGCAGCCCACGAUAGUUCUUUUAGCCGAUGAGAGCAUAGAAAGGAAGGUCCGGUUCUUGCUGGACGAGCUGAAGCUUGGAAUGACUGAUAUAAUGCUGCAUCCUGUGAUUCUAGGUUAUAGCCUGGACAAGUGCAUCCUGCCAAGGUGCGCUGUGCUGACAGUAUUGAUGAGGGAGGGGAAGAUCCAGAGAGAUAUCAAGUUGCUCCAGGCAUUGCUCGGUGGUUCCAAGAAAUUCUCGACCAGAUAUGUAUGGAGGACAACCUGCUGGAGUUGGACCUGCAGCGGUCGCGCCUCGGGUUCAGCUCCUCCCUACUCUUCCGGCAGACGACUUGCAACAACUUGGAUGGAACGCGCGCGUACGGCCGCGUACCUGCCUAGCGAUGAGCUGUCACGCGGGACAAGGGAGAAAGAGACGCGCCGCGCGCGGCGGUGCGAUGCACGCGAGCGAGAGAGAGAGAGCCCGCCCUACGCGAUCGUUGGUUGCUUCACGUCAUCAGUACGCCUGCAUCUGCCUGGCUGGACCCGCACUCACGCGUUUCCCUUCCUUCCUUUUAAUCAUAAUCAUUGCCCUGUUUUUCAACCACGCGCGCGCGUUUUGGAUUGGAUGCAUUAUUAUUCGUUUCGCUCUCUGCAAGACUGCAACGCAAAAGAAAUGACCCACCGCCUGACAGCCGCGCCAAACGUGUAG